CUCAUGGGGAGGUAGAUGUCUAUGGUUGUCCAGAGACCAGGUUACCUGGAUGACAUGGAGACACGUUUGUUCAAAAGCCAAAAGAGAACAGAAUCGAACAAGGCUGAGCAAGGAAUCAUGUCGCGAUCGGCAAUGCCGAAGUCCCGUUCUGAUAAGAGCCGGGCUGCAUUUGUUCCUGCCCCCACUCCUGUGGCUGCCCUGGUGGAGCUCGUGCCCGGCCGCUUCACAGAGAAUGACUGGCAGGCUUUGGUGGCAGCCGAAGAUGGUGAGAACAGUGUGAUGAACAUCAUCGAGGACAUCAUCAGCCAAACUCUGGACCAGUGCUUCAGAAUUUACAUUGAGAAUCAGUUGCUGCCAUUCACCAUCACUCAGGCCAAGGACGCUCUCCUGCAGAUCAUCGAGUGGCAGUUCCUGAUCCACGACCCUGGCGAAAGCAACAUCAGCCUGACUCCAUCCUGGCAGGAGGACACAGAGCCCCAGGCCGAUGUCACCGACUCCUGGGCCCAGGGCUCAGUGCCAGUGCUGAGACUUCCCGACACUGCAGCUCUGCAGGGACAGGAGUCGAUACAGGAGCCCCCCAAAGUUGACCUUCAACCUAAGGCAGCAUCUGCUGACCACAGCUCAACGUUUGGGGAUCACGACCACGGAGCCCAAGGGUCACUCUACUCAUCGCCAUGGACAGGCUUUUACCCAGAUUUGGAACAAGUCACUACAGAGCCUGAGGAAGCCGGCAUGGAACCUGAGCAGACACCAGAAGCCAUCACGGUCAGGAAGAGUUGUGGCUUCAAGGCCAGGAGGCACCUUCACAACGCACAGAAAGUGUGGAAUAUCAGCAAGCCUUUAUUUGAGAGAGAAGCAGACCUGGUCCAACCACCAGCCUCCGAAGAGAUGCCCCUGGUUCCCUGUGAGGCCCGUUGGGUGCCACCCUACCUCCAGAAUGCAAUGAGGAUUCAGCGCGGCCGCCUCCCAUCCAACAACAUCGUGACCUUCGAUGAACUUGGAAACGUCACCUCGGUGAAAAGGUUGGACCCAACCCAGUUCCGCAGGCGUUGGGUAAAGCCCUUCUUCCGGCUUGUGGAGCCGGACCCCAACCCCGGGAGCUGUCGUCCACCGGGAAGCAUGCCUUUGAGGCCUCUGGUGUUCCAGAGUGGACAGUUCAGGCAUAACAACAGGAGAGCCCAGCAGCUAAGAGCGGGGAAAGGCAAUGGGCCGGGAACCAUCGGCACAGGGUCAACUGCUGGUCCUGGCGUGAUACUGAGGCCAAGACUUCCUGACACUUGUGCUGCCUCCACUACUCCAGACGUCCCAGAGUUUAUCCCCGAUGGGGCAAAGGACAGAAAUCAUUCCAAGUGCGGCUGGUAUCCCAAGUAUGAAGAAAAAUCGCUAAUCCAACUCAAGCCAAUCUGUAACAGGCUGUUUAUUCCUCCCAUCUCUGUAGAACAACUGUCCAGCCGCAUCCUUCUGUAACAACCCCCACCUCAAUGAUGCCUGUGCGUUACCCGCUGUGUCACCAAACAUCUUAGCUUUUGUAAUUAACAUUUAGAAAAUUCUGUACAAGAUGCCUAAAUGCUUCUUGCAAAGGGGGUAAUAUUUUAAGGGGCAAGCAGCUUUUUCCACUGAGGGUGAGACCAGAACUAGAGGUCAUAGGUUAAAGGUGAAACAUUUAAGGGGAACAUGAGGGGAACUUCACUCAGAAAUGAAGUGCCAACAGAAGUGGUGGAUAUAGGUUAGAUUACAAGAGAAACUUGGAUAAGUACAUGGAUGGGAGGGAUAUGGAUGGCUAUGAUCCCUUUGUGAAUUGAUGGGACUAGGCAGAACAAUAUUUGGCAUGGACUAGAUGGGCUGAAGGGCUUGUUUCUGUGCAGUAGUGUUCUAUUACUCUACAACACACAGAACACUGAAGGAACUCUGUGGGUCCUAAUGGACAAGGGAGUCAAGUAAGGAGUGAUCCCUGUGAAAAGUGGGAAGUGGAGGGAGGAAAUUGUGUGCUUCGUGGUGGGAUCCCGUUGGAGAUGGCAGAAGUUACAGAGAAUUAUGUGCUGGACACAGAAGCGAGUGGGGGUUGUAUGUGAGGACAAGAGGAACCCUAUUACUGGUGUGGCAGCAGGAGGAUGGGGUGAGGGCAGACGUGUGUGAAAUGAAAGAAAUGCAGUUGAGAGAAGUUGAUGCUGGAGGAAGGAAAGCCUUUUACUUUGAAGAAUGAGGACAUCUCAUUAGUUCAGAGAUACAGACAGGGGGGUCAAGAAAGGGGAGGGGACUGAUAAAAAUGGACCAAGUAAAUUUGAGAGCACCUACCACCCCACUAGCCUCCAUGUCCAGCACAAAAUUCUCCGUAAGACCAUAAGAUAAGGGAGCACAAUUAGGCCAUUUGGCCCAUUGAGUCUGCUCUGCCAUUUCAUCAUGGCUGAUCCAUUUUUCCUUUCGCCCCAAUCUCUUGCCUUCUCCCCUUAUCCUUUCAUGCCCUGACCAAUCAAGAAUCUAUCAAUGUCUGCCUGAAAUAUAAGAUGACCUCCACAGCUGCCUGUGGCAUCAAGUUUCACAGAUUCACCACUCUCUGGCUAAAUAAAUUCUUCCUCGUCUCUGUUCUAAAAGAAUGCCCCUCUAUUCUGAGGCUGUCCUCCUGUCUUAGACUCUACCACCAUAGGAAACAUCCUCUCCUCAUCUACUCUAUCAAGGCUUUUCACUAUUCAAUAGGUUUCAAUUAAGUCACCCCUCAUUCUUCUGACUUCCAGUGAAUACUGGCCCAGAACAAACCACAUUCAUGUGAAAAGCCGUUUAAUCCUUGAAUCAUUUUCAUGUACUGCCUUUGAACCCUCUCCAGUUUCAGCACAUCCUUUCUAAGAUAAAAGGCUCAAAAUGGUUCAUAAUGCUCUCAAGUGAGGCCUCAUCAGUGCUUUAUAAAGUCUCAAUUUUACAUCCUUGCUUUUACAAACGUUUGUACAUUCUAGUCCUCUUAAAAUGAAUGCUAACAUCACAUUUGUCUUCCUCAGCACAGACUCAACCUGCAAAUUAACCUUUAGGGAAUCAUGCAUGAGGACAUCCAAGUCCCAUUGCACCUCAGAUUUUUGUUAUUUUCUCUCCAUUUGGAAAAUAGUCAACCUUUUAAUUUCUUCUAUCAAAGUGCAUGACCAUACAUUUCCCAACACUGUAUUCCAUCUGCCAUUUCUUUACCCAUUCUCCUAAUUGUCUAAGUCCUCCUGUAGCCUUUCUACUUCCCCCGCCUAUCAGAAUCAGACUUUAAUCGCCAAGUACCUGUACACAUACAAGGAAUUUACUUCCAGCAGAUGUUGUCUCUCUGCUCAUAACAAUAAUAAUGAUAAUAUAAAUGAAAAUAUAGAUUAUACAUACAAGUAGUACAAUCCAAGUAAUAGUUAGCUGACAGUUAACCGGCAGUUAACUGUUCAGCAAAGUGACCGCAGUAGGGAAAAAACUUCUCCAGUGCCUAUUAGUCUUAGUCUGGAGGGAUCUGAAGCGCCUACCAGACGGAAGCAGUUCAAACAGUCCGUGCACAGGAUGGAAGGAGUCCUUUAUGAUGUUCCCCGCCCUCUUCUUCAACCUGGAAGAGUACAGGUCCACAAUAGAGGGCAGGGAGGCUCCAAUGAUGCGCUCGGCAGUCCUCACUGUGCGCUGUAGUCUGGUUCUAUCCUGCUUGGUGGCGGCUCCAAACCACACAGUGAUGGAGGUGCACAGGACAGACUCAAUGACUGCAGUGUAGAACUGCAGCAGCAAUUCCUGAGGCAGACCAUAUUUCCUCAAGAGCUGCAGGAAGUACAUCCGCUGCUGGGCCUUCUUCAGGAUGGAGCUGAUGUUCUGCUCCCACUUCAGAUCCUGAGAGAUGGUGGUUCCCAGGAACCUGAAGUUCUCCACGGUGGACACAGGGCUGCCAAGGACUGUGAGGGGGGACGUAACGGGGGGAUGUCUCCUGAAAUCCACUAUCAUCUCCUUUGUCUUGAGUGAGUUCAGCUC